AUGGCCGCCGUUAUAAAAGCGAUCAAUGCGAAGAUACGGUCCAACAAGGUGUUGGACUACGUCUGCUCAACACUUCUUAUCGGUUUGUCUCAGUUAUGGAACCGGAUGCUGACAUGCGACAACAUCUCUAUAGAUUUCUGGGGCCCCGUAUCCAACUUCGGCAUUCCGGUUGCUGCGGUUAUGGAUACUCAGAAAGAUCCUGAAAUGUAUGUCAUCGCGGCGUCGCCCCUCUAUAUCUUCGCUUUGCCCUCUGGUCCUCCUUUUGCCAACCCGAUGACCGGUGCAUUGGUUAUCUACUCCGGAACUUUUAUGCGCUAUUCCCUCGCCGUCACUCCCAAGAACUACCUCCUUUUCGGGUGCCAUUUCAUCAACUUUGGAGCCCAAUUGACUCAAGGAUACCGAUGGCUGAACUACUGGAAAUGGGGAGGACGAGAGGCUGCCCUAGCAAACAAGGCCAAGGAGGCUGGUGCUGAAGCCGGAAAGGUAGCUGUUGAGCCCAGCUCUUCUUCAUAG